UUGCGCCUGCGUUGGCUUUUCGGGCCAGUGUGAGGAGUCUCACGUAGAGCAGAGCUAAGGGGGGGAGCCGGAGAAGACGCUUCUGGAGAGGGUGGAGGGGACAGGAGGCUAUAAAGUACGGGCCGGGGCCUGCGGCUGACACUCAGGAGGAACCAGCUAUUUCAUAGAGGGCUACGCUGGUCGGGAUUCACAGAAGUGCGGAGCGAAGAUAUUCAGUUAAAGCCAUGAAGAUACUCCAGACUUUGCCACUAUUGGUCCUAUUUUCUUCAUGCCAAGCACAUAAAGACUUCUUUACGUCCAUUGGUCACAUGACUGACUUGCUGUAUACAGAAAAGGACCUCCUGACAUCACUUAAAGAUUACAUAAGAGCUGAAGAGUUGAAGUUGGAACAGAUUAAAAAAUGGGCAGAGAAAUUUGAUUCACUGUCAGAAAUGGCCACAAAUGACCCAGAGGGCUUCCUAGGCCACCCAGUCAAUGCAUUUAAAUUAAUGAAGAGACUGAAUACAGAGUGGCUGGAGCUGGAGAAUCUGGUGCUCAAGGAUAUGUCCGAUGGAUUCAUCUCCAACUUGACAGUUCAGCGUCAGCAGUUUCCUACUGAUGAGGAUCAGACUGGAGCAGCCAAGGCUUUGAUUCGUCUACAGGACACCUAUAACCUGGAUACGGAAACUAUUUCCAAAGGAAACUUGCCAGGUGUAAAACACCAACCCACUCUGAAUGCUGAAGACUGCUUCGAAUUGGGAAAAAUUGCAUAUACGGAAGCUGACUAUUACCACACUGAGCUAUGGAUGGAGCAAGCUUUGCAGCAGCUGGAUGCUGGAGAGGAAUCCUCUAUUGAUAAGGUCUUGGUUCUAGAUUACCUCAGCUAUGCCGUAUACCAACAAGGAGACUUGGAAAAGGCCUUGAAGUUAACCAAAAGAUUGUUAGAGCUUGAUCCUGAACACCAAAGAGGAAACGGCAAUCUGAAAUAUUUUGAAUAUAUCAUGACAAAAGAAGAAAAUAAAUCCAGCUCCUCUGAUUCCAAAGAUGCAGAGCCAAAAACAAAAAAGGGUCGCCCCAUUGAUCAUUUACCAGAAAGACAGAAGUAUGAAAUGUUGUGCCGUGGAGAAGGUAUUAAAAUGACUCCGCGCAGACAAAAGAGGCUGUUCUGCCGAUACUAUGAUGGAAAUAGGAACCCUACCUUCAUCCUUUCUCCUUCAAAGCAAGAGGAUGAAUGGGACAAACCUCGCAUUGUGAGAUACCAUGAAAUCAUUUCUGAUAAGGAGAUUGAAAAGGUCAAAGAGCUUGCAAAACCCAGGUUGAGGCGAGCCACCAUUUCCAACCCUAUCACAGGAGUCCUGGAGACUGCUCACUACAGAAUUAGUAAAAGUGCUUGGCUCUCUGGCUACGAGGACCCUGUGAUUGCCCGAAUUAAUGCAAGAAUACAAGAAUUAACAGGGCUAGACGUGUCUACAGCAGAGGAACUGCAGGUGGCCAACUAUGGUGUUGGAGGCCAAUAUGAGCCCCACUUUGAUUUUGGAAGGAAAGACGAACCGGAUGCAUUUAAAGAGCUCGGUACAGGCAACAGAAUUGCCACGUGGUUGUUUUAUAUGAGUGACGUGCCAGCAGGUGGCGCUACAGUCUUUCCAGAAGUAGGAGCUGCAGUAUACCCUAAAAAGGGGACAGCAGUUUUUUGGUAUAAUCUCUUUGAAAGUGGAGAAGGAGAUUACAGUACAAGGCACGCAGCAUGUCCUGUUUUAGUUGGCAGCAAAUGGGUAUCAAAUAAAUGGAUCCACGAGCGGGGUCAGGAAUUCCGAAGGCCGUGUAAAUUGUCUGAAUUGGAAUGAUCCGAACCUAUGUCAUGUGAAAAAAGGAAUACGUCUCAGCCACAAAGCUUUUCAGACUGUGCUUUGCCCAGUUUGCUAGCAAUGAACUAUAAAGCCGUAGUCCCAGAACUUUUUGGGAAAGAAUCAUUUGUGGAGGGCACUAUUCAUUAUUUGUAUUAAACCUUUCGAAGGUGGAAAAAUCAGCACAAAAUUGAUUAAAACUGGAGCCACGCAACACAAUUAAGACAAAGAGGGCUGAUCUUCACAUGCCCCAACCUUCUUACCUCUGUGCUUUGGUGAUCCCCAGAGAAAACAAGAGUCAUACUGCAGUAUAUGUAGGCUUAUCGACUACCUGUUUGGUGCAAGGUUUUGUGUGUUCACUUUCAUUUUAGAAAUUUCACCCUUUUAUUUUAGGUACAAUUUAUCAUGUAAUAACUGAAAAUAUAUGUCUCUUCACAAAAAUUCUAAUAAAAAGACUCAAAUAAAAAGAAACACUCCAGGCAACAUUGAUGCAGAUUUACUAAUGCUUUCAAAUACUUAGACAGUGUAAACUUAAACUAGACAAAACUCAGGAUGUACUCAUGGUUUUUUACAGUGGCUUGUGAUGUUUGGCACAUCUUAAGACUUUAGUCUAGGUUUUUAUACCAAAUUUAUCAUAUAGAGGGUGGCUUACUUUAUAUGAAAAAGAUAUACACCUACAUUUUGGUGCAUAUGAAGCCAUACCCCUUUUACAUUAUGCCAUGCCCAGUUUUGGUUAAGCUGCAGUGUUAAAAACAAAAAUGUCCUGAAUGAAAAUGUGCCAAAUGUUGGUGCAUUUUAUGACAAAGUCUAGGCACACAGACAUUGGUAAGUCUGCCUCAUUGUGUUGGUCUAAAAGAGGUGGUGCCAGCCAGGGGUACUUAAGAGCCUUUGGAAAUUGGUCCUUAAAGGGGUACUCCGGUGGAAAACAUUUUUUUAUUUUUAUUUUUUUAAAUCAAUUGGUGCCAGAAAGUUAAACAAAUUUGUA